AUGGAGGAAGAGACACAUGUAAAUGAAGGAGGAAUUAAUCAGAAUCUAAAUACUGAUGAAAUUGAGACUGAUGUUAAUGAGUUAAGGUGUAGCUCUGAUGAAACUCAGGUGGCUGAUUUCACUGCAGGCCCAUUUGUUACCAGACGUAAUCCGGCAGUCAAUGACUUGAAAACUCCCGUACCAGCAAGAAGACUUAAACUUCCCCCUGUAAACAGAGGCAACGCUACCUAUGAUGUCACUGUGGGAGCUCAACUACCGAACAUGGCUCACCCUUCAUGUAUGCCCAGUAUGUCGUCUUUCUGUGGGAGACCCCCUAUCCGUCUGGAAUUUCCUUCCUUCGGUGAUUCUUGUGAGACAUCAGACGUACUCCAUUUCGUCGAACAGGUCGAAAAUUAUCUGGCUAUUAGACCCCUGCCUAGUGUGGAGCUCGUUGGCACACUGAGUACAGUGCUCAAAGGACCCGCUCAGAGCUGGUGGAAGGCUGAAAAGAACAAGAUCAAUGAUUGGCAAUCUUUCAAAAAUGCUUUUAUGUCUGCGUUUCUCCCAGAGGAUUACCUCACCGAAGUGGAAGACAAGUUGAGAGAUUUCGCCUACGAUUACCGAGCCCUCUGCCUCAAAUGGAAGCCAGCUAUCACAGAAGAGGAGAUGGUGAGCAGAAUCCUUAAUAACAUCAACCCAAGGGUUGCGGGCUGUCUGAGAGGGACGGUGAAAUCUGUGGAACAGUUGGUGAAGGUGGGAUCUAUGGUGGAGAAGGACUGGAUGGGGUCAAAAGAUUACUGGCAGAAAGUGGGAAAUUUGAAUGGUAAAGACAAGGUGAAUAAAAAACCACCUGAACGAAAUGCCUCCAAAGGUCUAGCAGGAUUGUCCAUGGCACAACCCCACCCUAUGACAUCCCUUCUAGUAGUGCCAAUAACCAUAAAAGGACAAGAGGUGAAGGCGGUGCUGGAUACAGGGAGCACAUACACCCUUAUUCAGGAAAGCCUGUGGAGACAGUUAGGAGGGGAAACGAAACCUGACCCUCCAGGCCCUCUUCAACGGUUCAUUAUGGCUGAUGGAAAAAUGCACCAGGCGAUUAACAAGAAAACAGUCUGCUAUGAGUGGCAUGACAAGGUAUGCAGGUUGGAUACCUAUAUAAUGAAGGAUGCUCACCUGGCCUUUCCCCUUAUAGCUGGUCUGGACUUCCUGAGAGCCGCUGAAGCCAUAGUAGAUGUAGGACAAUGGAGAUAUGGACUGAAAAUAGGCAAAGGAUAUAUUUAUCAUCCAUUCCUAACUGCACUUAUAAAUCCGGUGCUGUCUUCACAUCUGAUGGUCUAUAUUAUUUUACUAAUUAUUUUCAGCCUUACCUCCAACCUGGAAUUCACCCAUAUAUGA